UUCAAGGCUGCUGGGAAACCCACUGCUGAUGCCUCUGACUGAGCAGCAGACAGCCCUCUGUGCUUGUCAUCGGUGCUCCUCAUGUUCAGCUCUGGGGCAGCUCUCCUGCUGUCCUGUCUCCAGCAGUCUUGGGCUGCUUCAGGAGUAUGGGACAGGAAUGCCCUCCCUGCAGUCCAAUUACCUGAUCAUCCAAAAAAGACAGCCUCUUGUGCUCCCAGUUCCUGGAGCACAGACCAUAGACCUGGUGCUUGAAAUCCUGAAUGUCAUCAGAGCUUUGCUUUCAGUGUUGUGGUAGAAAGCUGGAAGUGAUGAGAGUCUGGCUUGCUCCAGUUGUCUGUGCUGGGAAAGGAAGGAAUCUCCACACCUGUAGUGCUUUCUCCUGCUCAGAAUCUUUAUGCUGGUGGAAGAGAGGACGAGUGUGCUAGUGAAAUGAUCCUGGUCAGUCCUAAACAGUGCUACUGGGGAAUCCUCACUGAAUUAUGACAAAUCCCUAUAAACCAGUGUUGAAACAGCCCAAAAGUGCCUGCCUUGAGUUUUGCACAAGGUCAACUAAACAUGUUUUUUUAAAGUCGGGGCCAUAUUCCAGCUUACAUGAAAAUAUGCCAUCUCAUUCAUGUUACUGUAGUGUGAAUUGCACAUAGCACUGCAGGGCAGUUGUUGAUCUGCUCCUUUUCUCCUAGUGUGUAUAGGAUAGCAUAGCAUGGGCUGUGCUAUGCUGUUAGGCACUGCAGCAGAGAGGAGGCAACUAUAGGAGCAGCAGAGCUCAAAGCGAAAGCUUUCUGCAGCCUGGAGGUUUUGCCCUCCUCCAUCUUCAAGGUUUUUGCAUCUGUCCCAUAGCCACCAGAGAGAAAGAUACACGCACUCAUAUGCCAACCCACAACAAAACCCACACAGCAGAGCUGAGGAGCUGUCACCCGGAAGCUGACUUACCCUAAACUACUCUGCUAUUUCUCGUCACACUACAUCUGGGUCUGCUGUCACUGCUGCGUCCGGAUGAGCUAGACCCAGUUGCCAGGACUCGUUUGGCCUGGAUGUGCAGUGGUCUCUGGUCACCUCUUGAGGUUUUGUUUUGUUUUGUUUUCCCUCUCAAUAACACAAUUGUUCUAAUCUGAUGGAAAAGAAGUCCAACCAAAACAGCCAAGAGCACAGAACACCACUCUCCUUUUUUUAUUUCCCCUAUCUCGUCUAGAAGAGUUGAUUUCCAUAACGUUUAUUUCCAACAGCCACUUUCAGCUUCCUGCAUCUGACGUGUUUUCACCUGUGAAUGGGGCAAGAGUGUGGCUGUGGCAUCUGCAGGAGGCUAGCUCUAACCCGGGAUUUACCCUGAAGAAAAUACUUGCAGAGGAAAAAGAAAUGUCAUUUGACUCACUGAAGAAUUAAAGCUGACAGCACCACAGGUCUGUGUGGGAGAAAAGGGGUUUUUAGACUCAAGUGACACAGUCAGGUUUUCAGAAGAGACUUGGAUGGUUUCUCACCAAAUGGAAGUUAUCUAGAAAGCCUCUGAGACCCCUGCAUCUCUUCAUUCCACUUCUGCUGUGUGGUCCUGAACAUUAAUAAAAUGCUGGAUUCAGUCAAGUGUGUCCUAGUGGGAGACUCUGCAGUGGGGAAAACAUCUCUGUUGGUACGUUUCACCUCUGAGACUUUUCCAGAUGACUACAGACCUACUGUGUAUGAAAAUACUGGAGUAGAUGUCUUCAUGGAUGGUGUACAGAUCAGCCUAGGUCUCUGGGACACAUCUGGCAGUGACACCUUCAAAGGCAUUCGCCCCCUCUCAUACCAACAGGCAGACGUGGUAUUAAUGUGCUACUCGGUGGCAAACCACAAUUCCUUUCUGAACCUGAGGAACAAGUGGAUUGGUGAGAUCCGCAGCCAUCUGCCCCGCAUCCCUGUUUUGGUAGUGGCCACUCAGACUGACCAGCGGGACGUGGGGCCCUACCGUUCCUCCUGCAUCAGCGCCAUAGAUGGGAAGCGGCUUGCCCAGGAAGUACGAGCCAAAGGCUAUCUGGAGUGCUCUGCCCUCAGCAACCGUGGGGUGCAGCAGGUGUUUGAGUACGCCGUGCGGACAGCAGUCAAUCAGGCCAAAAGGCAGAACAGGCGGAAGCUCUUCUCCGUUAAUGAGUGCAAGAUCUUUUGAGGACUGUCAGCAGUGGGUUCUCCCGUUCAUUCCUUCUGUCUUCACACAAAGGUACUGCGGUAGAGAGAAUGGGAGGUGAAUCAAAGGAGGACUCCUGGCAGGACCACAGUGCAGGUGCCCCCACUGAGACAGAUGUGCACUCUAUCUGACCAUGCAUGGGCACUGUCUUGAAAAAAUGAAGGUGCAGGUACUUACCCUUAUUCACAAGCCUUUGUUUGGACUUCCCUAGCUUGGACUGGAACAGACCUAGCCUGGAGAGCUACAGGUAUUAGCUAUGCUGAUUUUGUUGUUGUUUCUGUUGAUGUUCCUCACUUGCUGGUUUGUCUACAUUUGUUUAAUGACAUCUGCUUGUAUCAACCCCUGCCUCUUGACAUGUCAGUCCAUGUGGAGUUGUUUUGUUGUUUUUUUUUUUACUUUAAAAACUUUGUGUUAUAAAAUCUGACCACUUUGUAUUCUAUUUAAAAGACUCUUGUAUACAUUGUUGUAAAAUCCUGACUGUUUUCAUGUUUUGGAGGUUCUUCCUUUAGCUAACCACAGA